AUGAACCCCCAGCCAAAAUUCAACCAAAGACCUUUCCAACCACCAAUGGAGGUGGAUGAAAAACCACACAAAGAUGAAGGUUUCAGACCUUAUUAUGUCACAAAAAUUGAAGAACUUCAGUUAAUUGUGGCUGAAAAAAGUCAAAAUUUGAGAAGACUUCAAGCUCAGAGAAAUGAACUUAAUGCAAAAGUGAGAAUGCUUAGGGAAGAAUUGCAAUUAUUACAGGAACAAGGUUCUUAUGUUGGUGAAGUUGUUAAACCGAUGGAUAAAAAAAAAGUAUUAGUUAAAGUUCAUCCAGAAGGAAAAUUUGUGGUAGAUAUAGAUAAAAAUAUUGAUAUAAAUGAUGUCACACCCAAUUCAAGAGUUGCUCUCAGAAAUGAAAGUUAUACUUUGCAUAAAAUUCUUCCAAACAAGGUUGAUCCUUUGGUAUCUUUAAUGAUGGUUGAAAAAGUCCCUGAUUCAACUUAUGAAAUGGUUGGAGGUCUCGAUAAACAAAUAAAAGAAAUUAAAGAAGUUAUUGAAUUACCUGUUAAACAUCCGGAAUUAUUCGAUGCAUUGGGUAUUGCACAACCGAAAGGUGUUUUGCUGUAUGGCCCUCCUGGUACUGGGAAAACAUUGUUGGCUCGAGCUGUGGCUCAUCACACAGAGUGUACAUUUAUUCGAGUAUCUGGAUCUGAAUUAGUUCAAAAAUUUAUCGGUGAAGGUAGUCGAAUGGUUAGAGAAUUGUUUGUCAUGGCCAGAGAACAUGCUCCUUCAAUUAUUUUUAUGGAUGAAAUUGACUCGAUAGGAUCAUCAAGAAUUGAAUCGGCCAAUGGUGGAGAUUCGGAAGUUCAAAGAACCAUGUUGGAAUUACUUAAUCAAUUGGAUGGUUUUGAAGCUACUAAAAACAUUAAAGUAAUCAUGGCAACUAACAGAAUAGAUAUUCUCGAUCCUGCUUUAUUGAGACCGGGACGUAUCGAUAGAAAAAUCGAAUUCCCUCCUCCGAAUGAAGAAGCUCGAUUGGACAUAUUGAAAAUUCAUUCGCGUAAAAUGAAUUUAACAAGAGGGAUCAAUUUGAAAAAAAUUGCUGAAUUAAUGCCAGGAGCAUCUGGAGCCGAAGUUAAAGGUGUAUGUACCGAAGCCGGAAUGUAUGCUCUUAGAGAGAGACGUGUUCACGUGACGCAAGAAGAUUUUGAAAUGGCCGUUGCCAAAGUUAUGCAAAAAGAUUCAGAAAAAAAUAUGUCCAUCAAAAAACUUUGGAAAUAA